UUUACAGCAUUUCUGCUUUCAUUUUAUCUUUUAUUUACCUAGAAUAAGAAGCUAGCUAAUUUAGAAGACUAAAACUAAAAUCAUCGGCACCGUUAUUUCUUUUCCAAGCUACCAUCUCUCAACGCCCUCUUCCAAAGAUUAGCACAGGAAGGAAACAACACAAAUUAAUGUACGUUGUUUUCCAAAGUAAACUUGCUCUCCUUGCCGAACGCAAAGCUCUCCGACCUGACACGUUAACUCUGUUUCUCUUCCCUCAGAAUGCGAACUGACCUGCUGAGCAUUUCCAGCAUUUUCUGUUUUUUUGCUGUAUAGUUGAUAGUUUACACAGACAUACGCCCCGCCCUACUACCAACGCAUUGGCUGUUGCAGUUGCCCAUAAAUACUCUGCUGAAAAAGUCCGCAAGCAUUCCGCGUUAAUGGCUUUGGAGUGUUUUGUCCUCGUCAGGAUACUGUAGUCUCUGCCAUUCACUGCCUUCCUCCUUCUUGCCCCAUCGCAAUGACGUCACCGAAUAGAAUGUUUACAUUGUAGCUGAAACUGACCGCGUUCCAUGUAUUGUUAAAUGGUUACAUUGUUUCCCCAACGUUCCGCCAGUGUCAUCCCUCGGCGAUUGCAACCUGCUGAACGACGGCGAUCUGGCUCAUCGGUGCGAGGAUGAACUGCAGAUCUCAGACUCUGGAGCUGACGGUGGAAGCCAGACAGAUCGAGGAGACUGUGCUGGCUGUCCUCCACACCGUACUUCUGCACAGGAGCUCAGGGAAAUUUCACUACAAGAAGGAGGGCACCUACUCGAUCGGCACUGUGGGCACCGAAGAUGUCGACUGCGAUUUCGUCGAUUGCACCUACGUGAGAGUAUCGUCGGACGAGCUGGACCGCACGUUGCGCAGAUCAGUAGGCGAGUUUAAGGAUGCUCUUCGUAACUCUGGCAGUGAUGGGAGUGGUCAAAUUUCCCUGGAAUUCUACCAGAAGAAGAAGUCACGCUGGCCGUUCUCCGAUGAGUGUAUCCCAUGGGAGAUGUGGGCCUUCAAGCUCAACGUGGUGAACUUGGCCAAUGAGCAGGAGAGGCAGAUCUGCAGGGAGAAGGUGGGCGAGAAAUUGGGCGAAAAGAUCAUCAACAUCAUAGAGGUGAUGAACAGACAUGAGUACCUGCCCAAAAUGCCCACACAGUCAGAAGUGGACAAUGUCUUUGACACGAGUUUGAGAGACGUACAACCCUAUCUGUACAAAAUUACCUACCAGAUCACUGAUUCUCUUGGAACAUCUGUUAGUACCACCAUGCGGAGGUUGAUCAAAGACACCCUGGCUUUAUAACCUGGCAAAUAAUUAUCAGGAAACACCCCGUUGCACUUUUUAAUUUACUUCCUUCCCCUAGCAGUCUGCUUCUGGUGUUUUAUUUCCUUCAGACAACUUUGGAGUGUCUGUCCAUUUAAAAUCCCAUGAGCUGUGCUGUGCAAUAUCUUUCAAAAUUUUAUUUUGUUUGUGUUGCCCAGCAUGAAGGUGAUUUAUUAUUUUGUUAAAUGCUCAAAUAAGUCACUGGAAAAGGCUCUAGAAAGAAGUGUUGACUCUGAUCUUAGCUGAUGAGAAUUCCCCUCUCUGGUCUUCUCUGGAAAGUAUCCUAUACAUAUAGUUCACAGACAAGGAAAUGGUCAGUGACGUAAGCCGUGUCAUUGAGAGAAGAUAGCCUACCCAGUAUUCAUUCAAUAGGUGGCCAUUAAGAGGUGGUUGCUCGCAACUAUGAAACCGUGCCCUAGCAUUAGUUUUCAUCUUAUGGAGAAAAUAUAAGAAGGGGAGACAGAAGAGUAGCUACAAAUCAUAACGAUUAUAUGUAAAGUAUUAGUGGGGCUAUAGUAUUCUGAAGUUGAGUUCAGAGAUAAUGUUUUAAUUUUCAAAUCAUCUUCUAUGAUAAAACUAAAUAAACAGGAAAUCCAUGUGGAUUAUUUAUUUACUUGAGUGUUUAAAUGAUUUUAGUUAGUGGCUCCAGGUGGCUCACCUAGACGGCGUACAGGUCUAUUGCCAUUUGUCACCGUGGCAAUGAUUUGCACACAUUUAAUCUCACAAAAGAAAUUGGGAAAGGAAAGUGGGGAAGGUGGAACUUGGAAAGAGAAUGCCAAAGCAUCGGGAAUGGCACCGAUGAUGGAGCUGGUUUAGUGGUAAGGGUCAGUCACUCUCCAUGUUAUUGUCAGGAAGGCCUUGUGCAUUCCCUGUGUUAAUUUCAAUCUUGUUUUACAUACAUAGUGAAUAUAUUUAAUAUAUGACUUAAUGCUGUGAAUACAAAUUAGAAACAGUUUCCACACUAGAAAGGUUGAUGAGAAAGAGGUCCUUUCUCAUAAGCACAGUAACCCAGAGCCUCUCUUAAGCUAUUGAGAAACUGAAUUUCUCCUUGUUUGACCUAGGGGGUACCCAAUCACUAGUCAGGAUAUAUUGUCUCCAUCCAUGGCUUGGCAUAUUCAGGAGGGACUGCUGGAGCUUAUCCAGUUAAAACUGCCCAGCCCUUGCAGCACAAAGUCACUGAUACAGAGACAGGCCCAGCCUAUUUUCAGGGUUAGAUGGAGAUCCAGUUAACACCUAGCCCACUAUACCACAAACAAGGUAGGUUUGUUGAGGUUUGAGAGCUUGAGAUUCACUUUACUGCUUGUGGAGAAGCUGGAUGUGGUUCCACAAUUCCAUUUACAAGCAUGCCAUCUUAAAACCAUUUCUGCUCCAAAGAUAUCCCUCCUCCCUCCAACCCAAGAAUAGUCACUAGUUAAUCACUAGGCAAUUAACAAACAUGGGGGUGGCAUAGGAAGUAGAAGACACCAUCAAUAAUCUAUGAGAUUGAACAGCCAUUAUCUUGCAUACUGUUAAACGUUGAUCUCCACAUCUCCAAUUGAUAACCAAUCUACAGCUUCAUGCCUCACUGGAGGUGUAUGUUGGAAGUUGCCAAACCUUGGCAAUGAGUGGAUAUUCUCAUACAUAACCUCCAAAUCUGGCUUCUCCAGCACCUUUUACACUCUACUGAAGGCUGUACUAAGAUGUACAAUAGUCCACAUUUGGUUGUGAGCUUGCCUGUGUUGAGUUAUCUCAUUUCGGUUGAUUUGCAACCAGGUGUGUUACAGUUGGUCUAGUGGCCUUGGGCCCCUGAGCCCCUGAGGAGGCAAAACAAACACCUUUAAGUGUUAUCCACACAGUUGAGGCUUGCUGAUGAGCAGGCUGCUAUCAUGCCAACCCUGCAGCCUAAAGGUCUAUUUUGGGCAGUUGCACGAAGAAUGAUUUAGAUGUUGUGGAAUUAUAAACACCAGAAUGAGCCAGUGCCUUCAGAAAAGGAAUGAAAAGUCGGGGCAGAGUGGGAACAUAUGCCUAAAUUGCAAUUUUUUUUUAAAGAAUAAACAAAUAUUCUUGCAGAGGUUAACAACUUCACCAAGGCAGACAUGCGCAUGAGACAAUGUUAAUUGUAUGAUUUUUGCUUUAAAUGUCAUGCAGAAAUGACACAUUACUUGAGAUGUAUAAACAGGAUUUGUAGAGCACAACAAAAACUGUAAUAGGAAUUACUCAAAUUUGAUCAUUAAAGAUAUUUCUGGGUAUUU